CGUCCAGACAGCAGAGUGGAAGGAUGCUCGGGUCUGUGAUAUGAUUGGCUGUCUCUGCAGCCUCCCGGCUCGCGGCUAUAAAAGAUCGCAGAGUCCCUCGGUGCGUCAGAGCUCAGCCGGAGCGGGCAGCAGACGGUCCUGACGCACAGCUGGACACAGCGGAAACUUUCACUGCUGGAAGAAGAACUCGUAAUUAUUCACCGAGCAUCAGGCCAAUUAGUGGAACUCUGUUGGAAUAUUGAUCGGGAAACUUUGAGCACACCACAACACCGCGGACAAACGGAGUCAAACGCUGCCAGGCCCGGAGCAAGACCUGAUGUGUGGAUGUGUGUGAACAUGUGUGUGUGAGUGCCUUUAAGCGUGUGUUUUUAGACUGCUUGAGUGAGCGAACAUCUUGCUGUGUGAGUGUGAGUGUGAGUGUGAGUGUGAGUGUGAGUGUGAGUGUGAGACUCGUGCGAGGAUGAGGGUCGUCACCGCUCUGCUGUGUCUCCUGCUGGUCGCCCAGGUCGGAGCCUCUAGGUUGGUCCGCGACACCCAGGGCAGCCCCCAAGCUUCAGAACCGUCCAAGAACAACGCCUCUGUCCCGCUUCCGCCCCCACAGCCGCGAGGCUUCUUCCCCCCCAUGUGCAUUAAGCCUACGGAGAUCAAGCACGCCUUCAAGUAUGUGAACACCAUCGUGUCCUGCCUGAUCUUUGUGGUGGGGAUCAUCGGCAACUCAACGCUGCUCAGGAUCAUAUAUAAGAACAAGUGUAUGAGGAAUGGACCCAAUGUCCUGAUCGGCAGCCUGGCUCUGGGGGACCUGCUUUAUAUUAUCAUUGCCAUUCCCAUCAAUGUGUUUAAGUUAAUAGCCGAGGACUGGCCGUUCGGUGUGUACGUCUGUAAGUUGAUGCCGUUCAUCCAGAAAGCUUCGGUUGGAAUCACCGUCCUCAGCCUGUGUGCCCUCAGUAUUGACCGCUACCACGCUGUGACGUCAUGGAGCAGGGUGAAGGGGAUGGGGAUCCCUCUGUGGAAAGCAGUGGAGGUGACUCUGAUCUGGCUGGUUGCUGUGGUGCUCGCAGUCCCUGAGGCGCUGGCAUUCGACAUGCUGGAGAUGCCGUACAGAGGCAACAAGCUGCGCGUGUGUCUGCUGCAUCCAGAACAGACGAGCAGCUUUAUGAAGUUCUACCAGGACGUGAAAGACUGGUGGUUGUUUGGCUUCUAUUUCUGCUUCCCACUGGCCUGCACAGCAAUCUUCUACACACUCAUGUCCUGCGAGAUGCUCAGUCGCAAAAAAGGCAUGCGCAUCGCACUCAACGACCACAUGAAACAGCGGAGGGAAGUAGCGAAGACGGUGUUCUGCCUCGUGUUGAUUUUUGCUCUCUGCUGGCUGCCCCUUCAUCUCAGCCGUAUUCUAAAGAAAACAAUCUACGACCAAAGUGACCCCAACCGCUGUGAACUUCUCAGCUUCCUGUUAGUGAUGGAUUACAUCGGCAUCAACAUGGCCUCCCUAAACUCCUGCAUCAACCCGAUUGCCCUCUACUUUGUCAGCCAGAAGUUUAAAAACUGCUUUCAGUCAUGCCUGUGCUGCUGGUGCUACAGAACGUCUCCCCUGGAUGAGCGAGGUUCAGGAGGACGCUGGAAGGGCUCCUGUCACGGGAACGGACUAGACCGCUCCAGCUCCCGCUCCAGUCAGAAAUACACAAGCUCUUCAUAAACACACACACACACGCACGCGCAUACACACACACACACACACACACACACACACACACUUCUUCUGCCAAACCCAUGUUCCCAUCAGCUCCCAUCACGGAGGAACAGCUGCCACUGCCAACAGACCAACGAGGAGGGGGAAAAUGGAGCGAGGUAGAAGUCACUCCUUCAGGACUCACAGCGGAUUCAAAGACUCAAAAAACAAAAGGACGGACCCAAACUGAUGAAUAAAAUAACCGGACUGUACCUGUUCAGGCUGUAAUACUAACUGCCAACACUUAUGAUGGAACCAAGCCUACAUGAAUCUGUUCAUACUGCGACACUGAGGCUUGUGUUCAGCGGAUUAAAAGUCUCUCAGUGGACCAACAUUGUCAAUACGUUUAUAAAGAAUGUUUAUUACGAUACUACGAUUAUAUCUAGCCGUAGUGCUUCAUGUAUGAAUAACAGCUCUGAUAAGACUACAUGUUGAAGCUUUAAUACCUCACAGGGAAAGAUAGAGGGAAACUGUGACCCUGAGAUAUUUUCUAAAAGAUUUUUUUUGUGUAUAAAAAUGUACCUCUGCAUAUAAGCACAAUCAAAAGCUGAUUGUCUGACAAUCAACAUGUAUACAACUGCUGAGCUACCCGACGCCCAUGUGCCCUGGUGACAUCAUGCCAGAGUAAAAUGGGCCCCACUGUCAUGUGGAAGGCCAAUAAUCAGAAUCUUUUUAAAUCUGGAAAUCAUCGCCGUUUCAAGUCAUGUGGAGGCCAGCUGUUGUCUGAGAACACUGACAAAUACCAGAUGAUUCCCAUCAUGCUACACAGAAGAGAUCAUUUAUUAGUACUUUUAUUGUUGCGGUAUUCAUUUUGUUGUACGUGUUUCCACUGUAUAUAAAGUCUUAUAAACCUGUCUCUUACA